AGAAACCAUAAUAAAAAAAAAACAAAAAAAAACAAGCAAACAUGAACAAAUCAAUCUUUGUUGUUUGUAUCAGCUUAUUGGUUGUUCUGACCCCAACUCACAAUGCUAAAAUGAUGAUUUACCCGAACGGUGAUAGACACUGCGCGAUGGCGCAAGGCCAAGUGUUAAGUGCAUGCGGCUUGCAACUAGCCAACGACGGAGUACAUCCUGGUGAUUGUUGCUAUGUUAUAAACGAUGUAAACAGAGAAGUACAAACUCAACAAGCUCGUAUAUGGCUUUGCAAAUGUUUCCAAGAAGCAAUAAAGGUGUAUGGCUAUACAAAACUUAUUGGUAUGCCUGAAAAAUGUAACAUUCCAAACGCUGUGCCUUUUGAUCCAAAUAUGGAUUGUGCCCAGGCCUAAGCCCAUUUGGGAUUGAAGUACAUGAAUAAAUUAUUAUAAA